AUGACGCUGAUGCCGGGGACCCACAGCCCUCGCCUCCUGCACCCUGUCAGCCCUGGUGCGUCUGGGCCGCACUCUCGGACUGCAAGUAUGGGAAGCCAGGGACAAGCGGCAGAGGAUAUAGAGGGCGAGACCCUUGGCCAGCGCAUGAAGAGACUCCGUGCCAAGGAAGAGGGCGACAACCCACUUCCGAGCGCCAGGCCGGUGAGCACUGCCUUCUCGACCGAGCUGCUUGGCGAGCUGGGGAUAGGCGGCGAGGAGGACAGGAAUAGCGCGCAGGCUGCAGACAAGGGGAAGGGCAAGGAGGCCCAAGCACCUCCAGCCGAGGAGGAAGAGACUCUGGGCCAGCGACGGCGGCGGCUGCAAGCCGAGCGCGAGGCCCGCGAGCAGGAGAUGGGCAUACGGGCUGUGUCUGGCGGCAGCCAAAGGGGCGCAGUGUCGAGCCGUCUCGACAUGGCGGACGUGCUCCGCGCGAACCCGAUGGAGGGCCCACAAGGCAGGAUGGACCCCCGCGAAGCCGAACGUCUGCGGAAGGAGAAGCGCGACCCGAGUGGUGGCGUUGUAAAAGCAGGUGGCUACCAGGGCGGAAGGUUCAACGACAGCAGCGGUGGCCACGGCCUGGUUGGGGUCCUUGGACAGCCUCAGGGCCACAAUCUUCGAGCGAGCAUGAGCAUGGGGCAGCUUGGACAGGGCGGGCAGGCCCCGGUGGCAGGCGGGAUGCGCAUGGGGACGCAGCGCAAUGCGACGAAUCUGAUCGGCGCUGCUGGCAACUACGGCAACCUCAAUGUCGGGCCGGAUGGCAUGAACCCGGUCUUCGCAAAAGGCAACACUUUUGGGCGAGGGUAUAAUGGUGGUCUGCUGCAGCAGCCGCAGUACCAGGAGCCCACGCCCUUUGUCAACGGCAGCCUGCUGGCGUCAGGAGGGUACGGUGCCUUUGGAGGAGGGAUCGGAUCCGCGGGAGGCUACGCGCACAACCAGACGGCGUACGGAGCGGGAGUGGGCUUUGCUGGGGGCAUGCACGGUGGCUAUGGGAUGCAGGCCGGCACACCGAUGAACAUGGGCCUCAAUUCGCAGGGCUAUUCCGACCGCGUUGAGAACUGGAGGCAGGGCAUCCGGUAA